AUGCCUGCACUUUCUCCGACUAUGACGGAGGGAACUAUCGUCUCGUGGAAGAAACAGGAAGGGCAGAAAUAUUCGGCUGGCGAGGUACUAUUAGAGAUUGAAUCGGACAAAGCGCAAAUUGAGGUAGAAGCUCCAGAGGACGGUCUUCUCGCAAAGAUUCUGAUAUCUGGUGGACAGAGAUGCGCCGUUGGAUCUGUCAUUGCCUUGACUGCUGAAGAAGACGAUGAUAUAUCCAACCUAGAGAUUCCUGAUACGGCAGCAGACGCUACGAAAUCUACAGGAAACUCUGCCUCGAAAAAAAAUCUUACGGAUGCGGCUCAUUCCAAGUCGGGGAAUCAACGACUGUCUCCGGCAGUGGCUCAUCUUUUACUCUCAAACGGGAUAACUGACACGGCAAAGAUUGCAACUACUGGGCCAAAAGGGAGAUUGUUGAAAGGUGACGUUUUGGCAUAUAUGGGUAAGAUUAAGCCUCCACCGGCUACCAAGUCGAUGACGCCCGCAGAGGUGGCAGCCGCAAAGACACAGUCAUCAGAUUCAAAGAAACACGUGUCCAAGGCCAAGACUACACCAUCUCCGUUGCCCGAAUCCACGGACAAGACUAUUUCGGAAAUGCGUAAAACAGGGGCUUCCGAUGUUACAAAGUCAAAGAGCACCGUUCCGCACUCGUACGUCCAGAAAGAUAUCGUGCUUGACAACCUAUUACAAUUCCGUCACGUUUUGAAUGAAAAAUUUCGAGCGAACGUAGCUAUGAAUGAUUUUUUCGUUAAAGCUACAGCCUUGGCAUUACGUGAUGUUCCGAUGACAGGCGUCAGAUACGCGCCCAACGAGAAAGAUUUGCGUGAACAACUCGACUCGAUUAACAUAUCGGCUGGUACGCCCACGCCGGCGGGAAUCAGCCCGUCCGUAAUGGAGAACGCUAAUCAGAAAGGACUGCUAACCAUUUCCGAACUUAUGAAGGAGUUAACAGAAAAGGCUCAUGGCAGAGAUAUUCAGCUUGAGAAUUACGAGGGUGGUACAUUCAGAAUUUCCAAUGUCGGCGUGGACGACUUUACCGAAAUAAUCGAUCCUCCACGUACAUGCACUCUUGCAAUAGGAAGCGUAACCAAACGGGCAGCGGCGGACGACAUUGAUUACUUGUCACGCAAACAUUCUUCACAUGUCGAGUCGCAAAAUAGUUCUUCCAUAGACAUUAUUGAUUAUCUCACAGGAACUUUACCGAAAGCACCCCAGGUGAUAAAGUCUGUUGAAUCGGAAUUUAAGCAAAACAUAGAGGGAUCUCAAAUAGUUAGCGCAAAGCUUAGCAUCGAUGAGCGUGUGAUAGAUACCGCGACCGCGUCAAAGUUUUUGGAACGGCUUUCAUAUUAUAUUCAAUAUCCCCAAAAAAUGAUUACUUAA